CACAAAAUUUGUUGAUUCCCAAUACUAGAGAAGACACCUAUUGGACAACCACGGCUCUUUCUCUCCAACAAUUCAUCCAUAUCACCAACAAUGGCUGCUUCAACUGCUGCCGGGGAGCUGGGGCUCUCCAUCACGGGCUUGGGAGUCCAGUAUCCUCCAUACAGCCUCGGUCCAGACGCUAUCGACAUUCUCAGCAAGAGAUACCACCCAGAGUCCCCAGCCAUGAAGAAGGUCCUCGCCAUCAACCGAUACACGGGCAUUGAUCAUCGCUCCUCGAUAGGAAACCCUGACCACCCGCUCGUGAACAAACCCAACCCACCUACCGUCAAUGAACUUCAUGAGGUCUUCAUGUCCGAUGGCGUUCCUCUCGCUGUAGAAGCCUCGCGAAAGGCUAUGGCCGAAGCGCGGGUAGUGCCGGCUCAGAUCACACACAUGGUCUCGACGACAUGCACCGACUCGGCCAACCCGGGCUACGACCACUUCGUCGCAAAAGAGCUCGGUCUCAGUGACCGCCUGGAGAAGGUCCUCCUCCACGGUAUCGGCUGCAGUGGUGGUCUCGCCGCCCUUCGCACAGCGGCGAGUCUUUGCCUAGGCCACACAGCGCGCGGUAAGCCAGCCCGGAUUCUGGUCCUCGCGCUUGAAGUCUCCACGACCAUGGUCCGCAGCGAGCUAGAAAGCAUCAACGCAUUGCAAGAAACUCGCAUUGGCAUCGCCUUGUUCAGCGACUGCGCUAGCGCCGUGAUCCUGUCCAACGGCAUUGGCGAGGCACCGGGCAAGCCCGCGAUCUACGACCUCUUGGGUUGGGAAAACCGCGUGAUCCCGGACUCCGAACACGACCUCGGCUUCGACGUCGACCCAAUGGGGUGGAAAGUCGUCUUGUCUCCCCGAGUCCCAGUACUAGCCAAAGCCUCCCUCCAACCAACCUACGCCGACCUCCUAUCCUCUCUCAAAGACCAACUCCCUUCGUCCUACCAGAAACCUGCCGAUUUCGACUGGGCAAUGCACCCCGGCGGCGCCACCAUCCUGUCCGGCGCCGAAAGCGCCAUGGGUCUGACACCAGAGCACAUGCGCGCCUCCUACGACAGGUACAUCAACCACGGCAACUCGAGCUCCGCAACCAUCUUCAGCGUUCUCAACCGGCUCAGGGAAAAGGACAUGGAUGCUCUGGCCCCCGGCGGCAAAGUAAAGGAGUAUGUCGUCGGUUGCGCGUUCGGACCAGGGAUCAACGUUGAGAUGUGUAUGUUGAAGCGGAGAAUGAACGCCCCAGCAAGGACGACGGGUUUGGAUACCCCGCCGGAGACGGAUGAUAGCGAGGGGCCGGG